UCUCUGGUCAAAGAACCCGCCGGCUGGCGAUGGCUUAGGGCGCUCGAGGGGCGAGCCUAGAGGUGACGGAAAGGGGCAAGGACGGCUAACUGGGAAAAAGAAGAAAAGCAAGCGAUGAGUUUCCACAAGGAGGACGGAGUGAGCAGCCUGUGCCAAAAGGCGCUGCAUAUCGUCACCGAGCUGUGCUUCGCGGGCCAGGUGGAGUGGGAGAAGUGCUCGGGCAUCUUCCCCAGGGACAGGGGCAGCCAGGGCGGAGGCAGCACAGAUAUUUCAGUCAGCCUGUUAGCAGUCGUUGUCAGCUUCUGUGGACUGGCCUUGCUGGUUGUCUCACUUUUCGUCUUCUGGAAAUUGUGUUGGCCAUGCUGGAAAAGCAAACCUGUGACUCCCAAUGUCAGUACCCUUCCACAGAGCAUCUCAAGUGCUCCCACUGAAGUUUUUGAGGCUGAAGAGAAAAAAGAGAUAAAAGAAAAUGGAAAGCCAGCAGUAAAAGCUAUUGAGCCUGCAAUAAAAAUCAGCCACACUUCCCCUGAUAUCCCAGCAGAAGUCCAAACUGCUUUAAAAGAACAUUUAAUUAAACAUGCACGUGUGCAAAGACAAACUACUGAGCCAACAUCGUCAUCGCGCCACAAUUCCUUCAGGAGACACCUACCAAGACAAAUGCAGGUUUCCAGUGUUGACUUUAACAUGGGCACUGAACCUGUUUUGCAACGAGGAGAAACAACAACCAGCAUUGGGAGAAUAAAGCCAGAGCUCUACAAACAAAAAUCAGUUGAUUCCGAGGGCAACAUGAAAGAAGAUGUCAAAACCUGUGGGAAACUUAACUUUACUCUCCAGUAUGAUUAUGAAAAUGAACUCCUAGUUGUUAAAAUUAUCAAAGCCUUAGAUCUUCCAGCUAAAGACUUCACGGGAACUUCUGAUCCUUAUGUGAAGAUGUAUCUUCUUCCAGACAGGAAAAAGAAAUUUCAAACCCGUGUGCACAGAAAGACUUUAAAUCCUCAGUUUGAUGAAACCUUCCAGUUUCCAGUAGCAUAUGACCAACUAAGCAACCGAAAACUACAUUUCAGCGUAUAUGACUUUGACAGAUUUUCUAGGCAUGACAUGAUUGGGGAAGUGAUUCUUGAUAAUUUGUUUGAAGUCUCUGAUCUCUCCAGGGAAGCAACAGUAUGGAAAGAUAUUCAUUGUGCUACCACAGAAAGUAUAGAUCUGGGUGAAAUCAUGUUUUCCUUAUGUUACUUGCCAACUGCUGGGCGUAUGACCUUGACAGUCAUCAAGUGCAGAAAUCUGAAGGCAAUGGAUAUUACUGGCUCAUCAGAUCCUUAUGUCAAAGUGUCUCUGAUGUGUGAGGGUCGAAGAUUAAAAAAGAGGAAAACAACUACAAAGAAAAAUACUCUAAACCCUGUGUAUAAUGAGGCCAUUAUUUUUGACAUCCCUCCAGAAAAUGUGGACCAGGUCAGCCUCUCCAUUGCUGUCAUGGAUUACGAUAGGGUGGGACACAAUGAGGUCAUAGGCGUGUGUAGAACAGGACUAGAUGCUGAGGGUCUUGGGCGAGACCACUGGAAUGAGAUGCUGGCCUAUCACCGAAAGCCAAUAACACACUGGCAUCCCUUGCUAGAGUUACCUGGCCGGGCAACCAGUUUUGAUAGUCAAGGAUCCUGUUCUUCUCCUAAACCACCUUCCACACCAUAAUGCCUCCAAAAGAAGACCCUGAUAAGAAGGACCUAGGACCAUGUACCCAUUGGAUCAGAAAAAAAUAGUGGAAGGUUUUAUUUCCUCAUUUAAAAUAUAUCCAUGGUAAUGAACAAACUUGAUGUGCAAUUAUUUCAUUUCCAUUUUCAUCUGGUUUUUUUUGUCUGUUUAACUUUGAACAUUCUUAAUACAUCUUACUUGAAUAUAAAUAGUCCUUAGUUACAUAAGACAUUUUAUCCUUAAUGUCAUAUGCCUAUUAGCACAGAGUGUUUUAAUAUGUUGUAAUUCUUUGCAUAAGCAAAGAAAUAGUUUUUUAAAAAAACAAUAAGAAUCCAUAUGCAUCUAAAAUUAAAUAUAGUUUAUGUUGCUAUGGUAUAAAGUAGCACAUCACAUAUGUAUGGAUUUGAUCUUGUUACAGCUGUGUUCACUUCCACUUGUGCACAUGGUUUUAUAUAAACUUUAAUGAACAUUUUUAAACUUAACUCACGCAGCAUCAAGUGUUGCACAUGCAAAUUAAUGUUACCUAUCUAAUAAUGGUUUUUCUUUCAUUCUCAGAAAAUUUUUUCUUGGUGAGGUUUGGCUCUG